AUGCAGUUGUUGGAUCUACCGAUCGAGCUGCUCGAUCUGAUCAUUAUACACUGCGUCACUACCGAGCCUAUUACUGUCACCCUGGCCCCGACGGCAAGCUCUCUGACGCGUAGUUUGUUCCCAUUCGUCUCUCGAUGCAAGCGCUACACAGUAUCGAACUACCCAUACAAUCUUCUCUUGAUCAAUCGCCUGAUCUCCCGCCUUGCUUUCAAGCACAUCUGGACUCAGAAGUCUCUUGUCAUCUCUCUGACCCCAUCCGAUACACUGUGCUUCCUUCUCCACGGCCUAAGCCAGCAACANAAAGACGCACUGUGCAAGAUCCAGCUUCCUAGGUUCUUGCUGAGCUGGUCUUUCCCCGUCAACUCCGACAUCUGGCUGAUCGCAGGCAAGGAAGAGGGAGAUAGCUGGUAUGAAGGUGCUAAAGACCCGGUGAUGGAGACUCCUGGCAAGAGGUUCCAGGCUUUGGUUGGCAUGUUGGGUAAGAGACCCAGUUGUGCGUGUCAGGCUUGGCUUAGCAUGGGACUUAUUCUAUCGUGA